CAGCGACGCUUUCCGUACUGCGCAUGCGUAAAUGUCCGAGUCCUUGGACACAGCGAACGCUGUAGGUGAAGCGGUCUCGGAAGGGGCGUACAGUCAAAAUGCAGACUUGGAACCAUCUAUACCGCACACUCGCUACGCGAGGUCAGCACCUCCCCAACAAGCUGCAUGGAGCCACAGUCUUGUCUGUGAGAACAUAUGCUGAUAAAUCACCAAUUGAUGCUGAUGUCACAGUUGUGGGCUCUGGGCCGGGAGGAUAUGUCGCCGCCAUCAAAGCAGCUCAGCUUGGCUUUAAGACAGUAUGCGUGGAAAAGAACGCAACCCUCGGGGGGACGUGCUUGAACGUGGGCUGCAUCCCGUCAAAGGCUCUGCUGAACAACUCGUACCUGUAUCACUUGGCACACGGGAAUGAUUUCGAAAGCAGAGGCAUUGAAAUUCAAGGGAUCUCGUUGAAUCUGGAGAAGAUGAUGGCACAGAAGAGUGGGGCUGUCAAAGCUCUGACAGGAGGAAUCGCACACUUAUUUAAACAGAACAAAGUAACUCACGUCAACGGUUUUGGACUGAUAACUGGCAAGAAUCAAGUAACUGCAAAGACUGAGGAUGGAGAGCAAGUCAUAAACACCAAGAACAUCCUCAUCGCUACUGGAUCAGAGGUCACCCCCUUCCCAGGCAUUGAGAUUGAUGAAGACACCAUUGUCUCCUCCACCGGCGCUUUGUCCCUCAAGAAGGUUCCAGAGGAGCUCAUCGUGAUUGGAGCUGGAGUCAUUGGCGUAGAGUUGGGGUCCGUGUGGCAGAGGCUGGGUGCCAAAGUUACAGCAGUGGAGUUCCUCGGCCACGUUGGCGGAAUGGGCAUCGACAUGGAGAUCUCCAAGAACUUCCAGCGAAUUCUCCAGAAGCAGGGGUUGAAGUUCAAACUGAGCACCAAGGUCAUGGGCGCCACCAGGAGACCUGACGGCAAGAUCGAUGUGGCUGUGGAAGCUGCAGCUGGUGGCAAGAACGAAACGCUCACCUGUGACGUUCUGCUGGUGUGCAUUGGCCGCCGUCCCUUCACCAGUAACCUUGGCCUUGAGGCUGUCGGUAUCGAACUGGAUAACCGUGGGAGAAUCCCUGUCAGUGGCCGUUUCCAGACCAAAGUGCCCAAUAUCUAUGCCAUCGGAGAUGUUGUAGCUGGACCCAUGUUGGCCCAUAAAGCAGAAGAUGAAGGUAUCAUUUGUGUCGAGGGAAUGGCAGGAGGAGCCGUCCAUAUCGACUACAACUGUGUGCCCUCCGUUAUAUACACACACCCUGAAGUCGCCUGGGUCGGCAAGACUGAGGAACAGCUUAAAGAGGAAGGUGUGCCGUACAAGAUAGGCAAAUUUCCCUUCGCAGCCAACAGCAGAGCUAAGACGAAUGCUGACACAGAUGGACUGGUAAAGAUCCUCAGCCACAAGGACACAGACAGGAUGCUGGGAGCGCACAUUCUGGGAUCGGGGGCAGGUGAGAUGAUUAAUGAGGCUGCAUUAGCUAUGGAAUAUGGAGCAUCAUGUGAGGAUGUUGCAAGAGUGUGUCACGCCCACCCCACUGUAUCAGAGGCCUUCAGAGAAGCUAACCUUGCUGCUUCGUUUGGAAAAGCUAUCAACUUCUAGAUUUUUUUCACAUACACUUGUAUAUAAAUACAGUAUCUGCUACAGUUUUUUUUUUUCCAAACAAAUCUGGAUUUCUUCAAUCUCUGAGCUUUCAGAUGUACCCUUCAUGCAUACAUCCAGAAUAACCCCGUAAAACACUUAGUCUGUUAUUUAAAUGUCCUAAUAAAGGAGUUUGGCUCUUAUGUUGAA